AUGAAGGCGGUGCAGAUCAACGAAUUCGGCGGUCCGGAGGCAAUGAAAUACCAGGACAUUGCCGACCCGACGCCAGGCGAAGGUGAGGCACUGGUGCGGAUCCAGGCGGCGGGCGUCAACUACACCGACGUGUACAGCCGUGCGGGCAUUAAUCCUGGUCCUCCCUUGCCGCGAACCAUCGGCGUUGAGGGCGCUGGCGUGGUGGCGGCCGUGGGCAGCGGCGUCACAAACAUCGCCGUCGGCGAUGACGUGGUCUAUUGCAGCGUCAACGGUUCCUACGCCGACCAGGCGCUGGUACCCGCGUGGCGGCUGAUCAAGCGUCCCGCGGAGGUGGACGCCAAGGCCGGAGCAGCCGCAAUGCUACAGGGAAUGACGGCCCACUAUCUCUGCCAUUCCACUUACGCCGUCCAACCAGGCGACCGGGUAAUCGUCCAGGCCGGCGCCGGUGGCAUGGGCCUGAUACUCACCCAGAUGAUUAAGAUGCUGGGGGGCUACGUCUUCACCACCGUGUCAACUGAAGAAAAGGCGGAGAUGUCACGGCAGGCCGGCGCCGACCACGCUAUCAAUUACACCAAGGAAGACUUUGCCGAGGUGGUCAAGGAAGCCACUGGAGGCGAAGGUGUCCGCGUAGUCUACGACGGGGUGGGCAAGACCACCUUCAACCAAAGCGUCAGCUGCCUUGGUCGCCGGGGCGUAAUGGCCCUGUAUGGUGCCGCCAGCGGCAACCCUGACCCGGUAGACCCACGCAUUUUCGCCGCUGGCUCGCUCUACCUGACGCGACCGGGGCUUGGCGAUUACACCGUUGACCGGACCGAGCUCGAGCAACGCGCCGGCGACGUGCUGGGCUGGGUCGCUUCCGGCCAGAUCAAGCUGCACAUUGACCAUGAAAUUCCGCUGGCGAAGGCUCCCGAGGCGCACCGCCUCCUCGAGAGCCGCGCGACGACUGGCAAGCUGCUGCUGAUUCCAUAA